AUGCGGCUCGUUUUAUUCGCUUGUAUUCUGGCUAUUUUUUCGUCGCAAGUUUUGAGUGUUCCACUUCGAAAUAAUACUAAUGGAACUCAAGUAAAACAUGCACCAAAAUUGAAUGUGACAAAACCAUCUUUGAAUUCCACCACAGUUGCUCUAAAUGGAACUCGAGUGAAAUCUGCACCAAAAUUGAAUGUGACAGGACCAUCUUUCAAUUCCACCAAGUUGGCUGUAAAUGGAACUCGAGUAAAGUCUGCACCAAAAUUGAAUGUGACAAGACCAUCUUUGAAUUCCACCACAAUGGCUUCAAAUGGAACUCAAGUGAAAAUCAAUGAAACUCGUUCAAAAACAACCAACUCAAAAUUACAACCCAAUUCAACUUCUCUCAACUCGACAAUACCUGAAAAUAAUUCCACAGUCAGCAAAAUCAACAAAGAAGAGUUUACGGAUUUUCAAUAUUUGAUCAAAACUCUUAUCAACGAAACCGAUAUGACUCUCAAAAGUAAAUUUGAUAUUGCAAAAGCAUAUUUGGCAGAUCAUCAAGAGGUUUGUCUUCUCAAUUUACUUUUAUAACUUUUUCAUAAUUUAUUUUUGCAGGGUGUUUUGAAAGUGGUCAACGAAAUAAUUUUCAACAAGUCAAACUCGACAAUUUUCUAG